AUGUCAUUUCGAGGUCGAGGCGGUGACAGGGGUAGAGGUGGUUUUGGUGGAGGCAGAGGAGGGGGUCGUGGAUUCGGUGGGCGAGGAGGGGGACGGGGAGGAGGACGGGGAGGAUACGACCAAGGACCGCCAAGCGAAGUUAUUGGUCAGUUUGUUUGUGUGCAAAAGAGAAUGGAUUCUAAAAGUUUUUCAGAAGUUGGAUAUUUCACGCAUACUUGUGAAAACGAUAUAGUGUGCCAUACAACAGUUGGCAAAGUACCCUAUUUCAAUGCACCCGUUUAUUUUGAAAACAAAGAACAAAUCGGAAAAAUCGACGAAAUAUUCGGUGGUCUCAAAGACAAUGUGAGUUUUCAUGUUAUUCUUUUCGGAAGCAUGAAAGCGGGAUCUUUCGAAGAAGGUACCAAACUGUACAUUGACCCAGCCAAGUUAUUGCCUCUGGAACGAUUUCUGCCACAGGCGAAAGGCACGCGUGGCACACGAGGAGGACGUGGUAGGGGAGGAGACCGAGGUGGUGGACGAGGUGGAGGUCGUGGGUUCGGCGGACGGGGUGGUGGUGAUCGUGGAGGUUUUAGAGGAGGUCGGGGCGGAGAUCGAGGCGGGGGAUUUCGUGGUGGAUUCCGAGGUAAUGAUCGAAACAGUGGCGGAGGUUUCCGAGGUGGAGGAGAUAGGCGUGGAGGGUCAUUCCGCGGUGGUGAUCGAGGCGGUGGCGAUCGAGGUGGUGGAGGGUUCAAGCGAUUUGGUGAUAGUUCACCAUAUCAGCAACAGAACAAGAAAAAACGUUUUGAUGAUUGA